AUGUUAAUUUAUCUCUUCCUUUGUGCAUAUUCAUAAUUCAUACAAGAAGGACUAUAAAUAUUAGAAAAGGGAAUGAAAUUAUCCACAGAAAGAUAUUAACUAUAUAGGAAUUGUCCUAUAAGUUUUAAUUUAUCUUGCAAUAAACAAAUACCAUCAAUUCCAAUAAAAGAUUAAGAAACUAUUAAUUUUAUACAACUCUAAGUAAAAUCAUAUAAAUAAAUUAGGCUUAAUCAUUGUUGGAUUAACUAGAACCUGAAUCAAAUAAACAUCAAUAUUAUAAUAAGAAUAUUAAUCAAUUAUUUUAAGAAAUAGUUAUAUAUGAUCAAAAUGAAGAUUUAUUAUCAUUCAUCUUUGAAUUUAGUUAAUUUUAUUAGAAAAAAGAGUUAUAAUAAAUUUAGUAAAAGUAUUAUAUAGAUAUAUCAAAUCGAUCUGCAAUUUUAAUGAAUAAUAAUAACAAUAGUUUGUAAGAAUUUAACACCACAAUUUUUAUGCAUAUUUAAAAUUUUCAUAUUCCAUCUAAAAAUAAUAUCAUAAAUCAUUAAUUUGGAUCAGUUAAUGUAUUAUACCCACCUGAUAAAUUUAAUAUAAGAACAGCUGAUAAAAAUGGAUCUAUUUACUUUACUAAACCUAUUUACUUGACUUAAUUUUAUGCAUUAAGUUAUAAUCUCAAUUCUAUUAUAAGUAUGAAUAAUGGUAAUUAAACUAUUAAAAAGGUUUCACUACCUGUUAAAAAUUAAUGGGUUUUAGUUAUGGGCCCUAUUGGUUAAUUAAUUAAUAAUAUUACUGUAGCAAAAGAAAUUCAUAUUGAUUCACUUAUGAUUAAAGUAUAGAAAUUACAAUACACAAAAUAAUAAAUUAAAAUUUUGGUUAUUGAAAAACUUUUAGAAAGAUAUUAUGAAUUAAAUUCAGAAUCAUUAUUAGAUUCAUUGAAAGUAGAUGAAAAUUAAGAAGAUGGACAAUAAAAAAUAGUUUCAGCUGCUGAUGAUUUAUAUGAAUCAGCAGUUUCUAUAUUUUUGGAAUUCUUAGAAAAAGUUAUGUUUAAGAUUUAAUAAUUGAAAAAAUAAAAAUAAUUUGAUACUUUAACUCCAGAAUAAAUACUUGAUUUAUUAUCAGAUGUAUGUAAGUAUUUGAUUAUAAAAAGAUUGAAAAUGAGAUGUCAUAAAAUGAACUUUUGAUUUUUUAGAGUUUGUUUCAAAAUUUCAUGGUUAAGAAAUAUAGUGAAAAUGAAAUUAUAUAGAUGUAUGAAAAAUUACUUUAAAUAAAUGAUGGAUUAUCAGAUAAAUAAAUAAAUUGA